GGCAGCAGGUUCUUGGCUUGGUGGAGAACCAGAGUGAUUGGUAUUUGGGCAAUCUUUGGAAGAAUCAUCGGCCCUGGCCAGCGCUUGGGAGGGGCUACAACACAGGGGUUAUCUUGCUGCUUCUUGAUAAGUUACGGAAGAUGAAAUGGGAGCAGAUGUGGAGACUCACGGCAGAGCGGGAAUUAAUGAGCAUGCUGUCCACUUCACUGGCUGACCAGGAUAUCUUCAAUGCAGUCAUCAAACAAAAUCCCUUCCUUGUCUACCAGCUCCCAUGUUUCUGGAACGUGCAGCUGUCUGAUCAUACCCGUUCUGAGCAGUGCUACAGAGAUGUGUCUGACCUAAAGGUGAUCCACUGGAACUCACCAAAGAAGCUGCGAGUGAAAAACAAGCAUGUGGAGUUUUUCCGCAACCUCUACCUGACAUUCCUGGAAUACGAUGGGAAUUUGCUGAGACGGGAACUCUUUGGCUGCCCCAGUGAAGCAGACGUUAACAGUGAAAAUCUCCAGAAACAGCUGUCUGAGCUGGACGAAGAUGACUUGUGCUAUGAAUUUCGUCGAGAACGCUUCACUGUCCAUCGCACUCAUUUGUAUUUUCUACAUUACGAGUAUGAGCCUGCUUCAGACAAUACUGAUGUAACACUGGUGGCUCAGCUUUCAAUGGACAGGCUCCAGAUGCUUGAAGCCAUCUGCAAACACUGGGAAGGUCCAAUCAGCCUGGCACUCUAUCUCUCUGAUGCGGAAGCCCAGCAAUUUCUGCGCUACGCCCAGGGCUCAGAAGUACUUAUGAGCCGCCACAAUGUCGGCUACCAUAUCGUGUACAAGGAGGGCCAGUUCUAUCCUGUGAAUCUGCUAAGGAACGUGGCCAUGAAGCAUAUCAGCACACCAUACAUGUUUCUGUCCGACAUUGACUUCUUGCCCAUGUAUGGACUCUACGAGUACCUCAGAAAGUCCGUCAUCCAGCUAGACCUGGCUAACACCAAGAAAGCUCUGAUUGUACCUGCUUUUGAGACCCUACGCUACCGUCUCUCCUUCCCCAAGUCAAAAGCAGAGCUGCUAUCUAUGUUGGACAUGGGAACCCUCUUCACAUUCAGGUAUCACGUCUGGACGAAAGGGCACGCGCCCACAAACUUUGCCAAGUGGCGAACAGCCACCACCCCUUACCGCGUUGAGUGGGAAGCAGAUUUUGAACCAUACGUUGUUGUGAGGAAGGACUGCCCAGAGUAUGACAGGCGGUUUGUUGGAUUUGGCUGGAACAAAGUAGCUCACAUCAUGGAACUGGAUGCACAGGAGUACGAGUUCACGGUGCUGCCCAACGCUUACAUGAUCCACAUGCCGCACGCCCCCAGCUUUGACAUCACAAAGUUUCGCUCCAACAAGCAAUACCGCAUCUGUCUCAAGACCCUGAAGGAGGAGUUCCAGCAGGAUAUGUCACGCCAUUACGGCUUUGCAGCCCUCAAAUAUCUCACGGCAGAGAACAACAGCUAGCACAAUGGAGCCCGUGUGCAGGAAACAGGGACACCAGAGGGAGGAGCCACUCAGCGUUUGGGGCCCAGGCUUCAAACUUCAAACUGAGAAAUAUUUUCUGUUUUUAUAUCAUACCCGGCAAUUCUAACAGUAGAAAUUUGAAGUGACAUGUCUUCGGACUACGCUCAUUCGUCCCUUCCUCAACUACCCCAAGUGUUCCAGCUUUAGCAUUCAUGAGGCGUCAACGAGAGGGGCCAGCCAGGUGCCCACUGUGCCGCUGGAGGUGGGACUGGGCAAGGGCUGGGAAUGCACUCCGCUCUCCUAACUGCAGAGCAAAGACAGACCUUCAGAAUAUAGGAUUUCAUGUUGCUAUUUAAUAAUUUGACAUGCUUUUUAUCUGUAAAGGA